AUGGCGACGCCGGGCAUUGCUACGCUUGCGACGCCUCUGAGGGCACCUGUGCUACCUGUGCUUCGACCCUUCGAGGAGCGACAGCUUGGAGGAGCUACCUCAAGGCCAGCCACUUUGCCACAGCUUCAAGCCGGUGCGGCCACUUCCAGUAGAGGAGCCGCAGCUCUUUUUGGUCUCCCCAAGGCAGCUUCCAGCGGACUCGCGCUGGGUGUGUUGUGGAGAUGGUCCGCCAGGCGGAGAGCUACCACGCACGGACACCUGCGUCGCCGAGCCGAAGGCGCUCAGGCGGUGAAGAUCAAGGAAACCAAGAGCAUGGAGGCGACGGAGAAGGACAGCGAGGCGCCAAAAGAAGACGACAUGGAGCCGUUUUUCGAAGAAGUUUCGGGAGACGAUCCAAUGGUCAUGGAGCUUGAGGAACGACUGAAGAAGAUGAACAACGAUAAGUCCUUGACCUUGGAUAUGGUCUUGAACCCUGGCACCAUCGUGAAUACCGAGCGGGAGGUGAUCCUGCUGAAGGCUCAGCUCAAGGCCACGCCAGAUGAAGAGAUGGAGAAGAUCAAGGAGUUGGAGGACAAAAUCGAAGAAAAGCAGAUGAAGAUUGUCAACGAAAUGAAGUUGGUCAUGACGAACAACUUGAAACUCGAGUUUCUCGUCCAGGCCAUUCUGUCCAUUUUUGCCUUCGGAGCCAUGUGCUACGAUGCCUUUCCCUGGGUGCCAGAUCUCACAUGGGCGGGGAUCAACGCCAGAGGUUCGAUGCUAGCGUUGAAACUCUUCGGCAUUUGGGGCUUGUGGCUCUUCACUGUGCCCGCGCUACGUGCUCGGAAGCCUGGUGGUCCCUAUGGCAUGGGGUACGAGGAGAAGCGCGCCCUGGACUUGUCCUUCCUGGUGCUUCCCUUUAUUUGCAUCUUUGGCCCUGUGCUCUUCCAGGAAGCUUCGGCUACUUUCUGGCUCUCCUUGGCGACGCUGGGUGGCCUCUACGUGUGGAGCUUCAACACACCACUGUCAGAUGGUAAGAUCCAACGGGGCGCUGGCCAGGACUUAAACUUGCCAGAGCCCGUGAUGUGGGCCAUCAAGGCCCUUGACUUUGGCACCGGUUCAGAGCGCGGCGCUCGAUCGGAAGAUCUCACGUGGCAGGCCCAACUGGCAGCGUACGAAAAGGCUGGGGAGGAGCUUGCGAAGCUGAAAGCUGAGAAGCAGAAAACGGCCGAAUCGGUCGACAAGUCUGCGAAGUCUGAGUGA